GAGUCAUCAUUGCGGGGGAGCUGAGGUCCACGCCGACACACAGGGGAUCGGAAUGGGGUGUAUUUGUCAGAAGAGGUGACGAGAACGGAAAUACAUGAAGCAAAGCUAUGAAGAAAUCUUUUAAUAACAGAAGCAAGGAGUCCAACUCUAAUAAAUCAAGCAUUUUCUCAGAUACCUAUAUGUUCUCAAAGGUGACAGUAAACAUAAACCCCAAACCUUUCUCAUGUUCUGAAUGUGUAAAACUUUUUUUCACCUACCCAGAGCUUGUCCGUCAUCAGAGAAGUCACACAGGAGAAAAGCCCUUCUCAUGUUCUGAAUGUGGAAAAUGUUUUGGGCGACAUUCAAAUCUUGUUACACAUCAGAGAACUCACACAGGAGAGAAACCAUUCUCAUGUUCUGAAUGUGGAAAAUGUUUUGUUCAACAUUCAAAUCUUGUUACACAUCAGAGAACUCACACAGGAGAGAAACCAUUCUCAUGUUCUGAAUGCGGAAAAUGUUUUGGACACCGUUCAAAUCUUGUUAUACAUCAGAGAACUCAUACAGGAGAGAAACCAUUCUCAUGUUCUGAAUGUGGAAAAUGUUUUGUUCAACAUUCAGACCUUGUCAGUCAUCAGAGAACUCACACAGGAGAGAAGCCCUUCUCAUGUUCUGAAUGCGGAAAAUGUUUUGGAUACCGUUCAAAGCUUGUUACACAUCAGAGAACUCACACAGGAGAGAAACCCUUCUCAUGUUCUGAAUGUGGAAAAUGUUUUGGGCACCAUUCAAAUCUUGUUACACAUCAGAGAACUCACACAGGAGAGAAACCAUUCUCAUGUUCUGAAUGUGGAAAAUGUUUUGGUCAACAUUCAAAUCUUGUUACACAUCGGAAAACUCACACAGGAGAGAAACCAUUCUCAUGUUCUGAAUGCGGAAAAUGUUUUGGACACCGUUCAAAUCUUGUUACACAUCAGAAAACUCACACAGGAGAGAAACCAUUCUCAUGUUCUGAAUGUGGAAAAUGUUUUGUUCAACAUUCAGACCUUGUUACACAUCAGAAAACUCACACAGGAGAAAAGCCCUUCUCAUGUUCUGAAUGUGGAAAAUGUUUUGGAUGCCAUUCAAGUCUUGUUACACAUCAGAGAACUCACACCGGAGAGAAGCCUUUGUAAUGUAGUAAAUGUGGGGAAUAUUUUGCCAGUAAAUCAGAGCUUUAAAUAAACAAAAGAACAUAGAGGUAAAACCACUAUAAAAUGCACAGCAUCCUGAGUUAAAAGAUAAAAAUAAUAACUUAUACUUAACAGUAUCAGGCAAUGUGCACUAGUACAGGAAUACGGUUUCUAAAAGGAAAUAGAUAAAACAUACACAGUGUAAUCUAUUACAAUACAAUGGGUGUGUAUAUGGUUUCACUCACAAGUAUGGAGCCGUGCCAGGCUCUAUGUAAAUAGCCUCAGGGGGCCAGUACUGGCUUCGGUAGGUGUCUACAGGCAAGACAGGCAGAAUAAAUUUUAAAAAUGUAUUUAUUGGAAAAUUAAAAGUUGGACAUAUAAAAAUCAGUGUGUAAUGCACAAAUAAAUAUACACUACCGCAUAAUGUCCUUGUAAUAUAGCAAUACAAAAUUAC